AUGCUCUUGUCGUUUGUAAUCACUAAAGUGAUAUUGAUUGGCUUGUGGGAUGGAUUCUGGCGCAGAGGUUUUGGUCGUGGUUUUGUGGUGUUCCAUUCCAAGUUUGCUGAGAACUAUAGGUUCUAUUCCCGUAGUCACUUUGUGAAAGGCAUUGAGCUGAUGAUUCUCCUACUCGUGGUGACAUGGCUAUUUAGUGAAGUAAGGCAUUUUCCUUUCUUGUUGUAG